UGUCUAUGGAACCAUCCUCUAUUUGGCAAAGUACCAGUGUACGACGGCUUUUCAUACCUUCUUUCCUACUACUGCAAAGGCUUGCAAAGGGUAUCAUUUCUGGUGUGCAAUAGGUACGCCAUUACCGAUAUUCGACAGACUGAUGAGAGACGCACUUCGUCGCAUCUGCUCAGGUAAGGAGCAAGCGAUAAUUUCUCCUAUUCACGAAGUUUCUGAAGUAGCGCUUGGUUUUCGCUGUGUAUUUGGCCAUUUAAUUUAAAAACCCGAAUAUACUGUU